AUGGCGGGGAGACCAAACAACAGAGGACCCGGCGGCGGCCAGCCACCAGUCCCGCCAGCAGCCCAGCGUCAAAACGAAUACUUUGUGCCCCGUGAUGGCAUCGAUCGCGAGGUUAUCACAUCAGACAUUUGCAGAUACCUGGGAAACGAUGCGUUGGUGCGCCCUGGCACCUACGAGUCCCCAGAUGGACGUGUCACCCAAGGUUAUUUCAUCACGGCAUACCGAAAUUUGACGUCGGCCAUGAUUCAAGAUCUCAAGGCCGACUCCGCUCGGUGGGAGCAGGAACGGCGCGCAGCGUCCAGGUCUUCGGGCGGCGGCGCUGGAGGCGCUCGCGAGCAGACCCGCGGGCAAUCUGACUACAGCGCGUGGAAGAACCGCCAACGGGAACAGGAGUACGAAGCCUCGUACGGCGCCACUGCCAUGGAUAUUGACUACCAGCCGGCUCCUCCGCCGCCCAAGAACCCGGGCUACGGUGGCCAGCCGUACCCCGGACCUCCCCCUCCUGCCGGAUACCCCCAGGGUGCUUACCCAACACAGGUUCAUCCCGCUGCCGCUCCCCAGUAUCAAACUCAGCCCUACGGAGGAUAUCCGCCCAAUGUUCCGCCAACUCAGUAUUCCCCAGGACCUCAGGGAGGUGACAGAUACGCCGGGAUGGUUCCUCCUCCGCCGAUCCAAGGACAAUUCGCCCAGGAUGCUGCCUUCAUCCACGGAUCCAACUACCAGACUGCCCCUGGAUAUGCCAAUGCACCGAGGAUGCCGGCUAUGCCAUUGGCCCCUUCAUCCGCCCCCCCUUCGAGGGCUUUCAGCACGCCAACAUCAGGUCCUCCGUUUGGCUCGGAAGCAGACCCAUAUGGCUACCCGCCUCCUGCUGGGAUUCCGGCCAGCCAGGCCUUCCCAGCCGACCCUCUUUAUGGCCGCGGUGCGUAUAGUACAACAACAAUCACAAACCCACCCGAGGCUUCGUCUGAUGAUUUAGGUUCCCCUGCAGGUACAGCGCAACGGCAAGGCUACCCGGCCGCCCCGGACCAGCCGCCAUAUGAGGAUCACAACAGUCCGGUGCUUCCCAACACCACCGUUCCUCCAACCAGCUCGACACCCACGAGUGCCGGACCGUCCAGUGGCAGACGCGACCGCGAUUCAGAACCGAGAGACCGAGAGCGUGAUCAUCGAGAGCACAGAGCUCGCCGUUCCGAGACCGAACGCGAUGAUAGGCACGGAGACCGGAACAGGCAUCACCGUCGCUAA